CGGGGUUUCUCCUGUACCCCCUCUUUCUUUGUCCUUAUAAAUGCCACCAUUUCAUUAAAACCAUUUUUUUAAAGAUGUGCAUGUUGUGCUGCUGUUUGCUGAGCUGAGAUAAGCGUCCUCGUCUUGUCUCCAUCGUGCUGCAGAACAAGACGGAAAAAAGGAGAGGAUUAUUAUUUCCUCUGCAACAUCUCAGCUUCCAAUUGCAACCCACCAAAAAAAAAACCCCUCUCCUGAGGUGAUGUGAGCUGUAGGAGGAGGAGAAAAAAGGGGGGGAUCCGCAGAAAGGAGCUGUCCGUCCUUCGUGGUGCUGAUGCGGCUGUGAGGCGAGCAUGGCUGCCGGGAAGUUGCUUCUCUACGCCGGGCUCUCGCUGUCUCUAUGCGCCCUGGGCAUGCUGGCGGUGGCGAUGUGCUCCGACCACUGGUACGAGACCGACGCCAGGCGGUACAAGGAGCGCUGCCAGAGCUUCUCCAGCCGCCGCAAGGACCCGGGCUUCAUCUACAUCCCCAAUAACAGCCUGCCACUGCGGGCCAGCCGGAGCGGCGAGGAGAAGCUGCCCCUGGCCCGCAAUCGGCGGCAGCUGUUCGCCAUGAGCGCCGCGGACGAGUGCAACAGGCAGUACAACUCUACCAACAUGGGGCUUUGGAGGAAGUGCCACCGGCUGGGCUUCGACCAGGCGAUCGAAGAUCUCAUCCGGAAAGGUUCCAUUGCAAGAUGCUCCUACAUCAAGUACCACUACUCCUCAGCCACAAUACCCAAGAACCUCUCGUACAACAUCACCAAGACAAUAAGACAGGAUGAGUGGCACUCCCUCCAUUUGCGGCGAAUGACGGCAGGGUUCAUGGGCAUGGCCGUGGCCAUCAUUUUGUUCGGUUGGGUCAUCGGCGUGCUAGGCUGCUGCUGGGACCGGGGACUCAUGCAGUAUGUGGCCGGACUGCUUUUCCUGAUGGGAGGCACCUUCUGCAUCAUCUCCCUUUGCACCUGUGUCGCCGGCAUCAACUUCGAACUCUCACGCUACCCUCGCUAUCUGUACGGCCUGCCAGACGACAUCGGCCACGGCUACGGCUGGUCCAUGUUCUGCGCCUGGGGAGGACUGGGCCUCACCCUCAUCGCCGGCUUCUUCUGCACACUGGCGCCCUCCGUGCAGCCCAUACCGCGCUCCACCUGCCCCAAGUCCCGACAGGAGAACGGCACCGUGUGCUAAAUACCGAAAGACCGGCAACAAAAAGAGGAAGAAUGACUGUUCCAUUUGUCCAUCCAUCAAUCUAUCGCCAAUCUCCCCAGAUGUUUUCUUUUUUAUUUCUGUGUUUUGGGUGUUUGAAAAUCUGCUAUAUUGAAAAAAAAUAUGAGAAAAACUGGCAAACAACGGAAAUAUAAUCUGAAAAAUACCAAGUUGUGCUUGUUUUUAUUGUUGUGGAGUUGCUACAGUCCGGAAAGGAAAGGACAUCUGAGCUUGAAAUGAACCGUAAAGAUGGACAAUGGACCAGGAAGUCUGUCUCUGAACUGCUCUCAUGUGACUAUAAACUAUGGACUGCAGAACUCUAAAUGGAGGAUGGAAGUUCCUUGUGGAUAUUUCCUCAAUUAGGAAUGGACCUGACUUCUGAAGCCCUUCCUAACUUUGGGACGAGUAGACCAGAAGGAUAUCUUGGACCUAAGUUAUUGUAUCAUACUGUACAGAAUAUUCCGGAGACAACCAGGAAGUGUCAUCUCAGCCUCUUUUAGGUGCAUUCGAUCCCAUUUUUUUUAAUCAAAUCAACUUCCUUUAUAAUGAAGCCAUUGACAUUGUUAGAGCAAGUUUUCCCAUUCUAGUCCUCGCUGUAAAUGUACGUAUGAAGUGUGUUUGUGUGUGGUGCAAGGGUUUAUUCUGGAGAGAAAAAAUAUAAAAAGAGCCCAACAUUUUGGGUGUGGGAAGAUUUGAUAAUGGAGAGAUGCAGUAUCCUGUUUAAUGCAAAUGAGUCACCCGGCCACUAAAAUGUUAAGUAAUUCAGCUUUCAGUGGAAGAAUGGAUUAAGAUAAUAAUAAUUUUGCUUUCACUAGGAAGUAGUUUAGUAUCAAAGCACAAGAUGUCUAAAUGAAGGCACUUCAUUUUUUGCUCAUCACUUAGUCAACUCUUCUUUUCCUGAACCACAAUUUUUUUUAAAUCAAAACAGGCACCUCUACUGUGUUUCCUUUGUGAUUAUUAUUAGUUUGAGCCCCCCAAAGAUAAGGGGGGGGGGGGGGAAAGCAACAUUAAACAUUAAAAACAAGGCUGCCAUCAACAAAAAUGUAUUUUAGAAUGAAACGGGCGAAAUGUAUCCACUCAUUUAAAGUAUUUGACAUGAUGUAAUGCAUUUACAAGAACAGGAAAAAGAAACGUUUAUCAUCUUAAACAUAUUUUUCACCGCAGGAACUUUACCCCAGAACCUGAAACGGGGUGCCUUUAAAUAGGGGUGUCCCAAUCUAAUAUCAGAAACAACAACAACAAAAACAAGAAUCGGAUGAUAUCGUCUUCCAUCUAACAGCUCCGAUACAAGCAGUGUGUUUACUUGUACAAAGAUGGACUGCCAGUUCAUAUCUAAUGUCCUCCGGGAAGCACACAAGCUUGGUCUUUUCUUCUAUUUUACUGAGGUCAUUUGCAAAAAGUAAACAAGGUAGGCUAUAGGCUACUGGGAGCUAACAGCUACACAACAGCUAAGCACACAAUAGCAUACAAGCUAGACAUUUGUAAUAAGUGUCAUUCAUUGACAAUAUUGCCAUUUGUCAAUAUAAACAAGUAUUACAUGAUUAUAGUAGUGUAUCAAUUACUGAUACAAAUUCAACAAGGCAGAAGCACAUUAGAAAGUAUCCAGUAACAAAUGUGUCCGCAUCAUUCAACUUAAAAAAAUACUCUCCAUAAGGUUGUCAUAAGGUUAUUUUUUUAUUGGUACCAUUUUCUCUGAGUAAUUUCACUAGAGCAAGCCUUUUCUAACAUUCCAUACUAUAAAAUAAUGAUUUGUGCUGGUAUCGUAUCAAUAACGGUAUCGGCCAAAACUCAAGGCCCUAAUUUUGGUAUCAUAUCGAAAGUGAGAAAGUUGCAUCAGGACACGCCUACUUUUUAUUUAUCUCAAACAUAAUGGCUCAGAGGAACCUUGUUAACUCCAGGAACUAAAUUUACCAGUACUUGAAGUUAGCUAACAGCUAAUAAACAAGUUCUUAAGGAUACCAGUUUUCUGUUUUAUGGGGAAAAAAUUAUUUGUAUUUUUAUUGGAUUUUGAAGGACUUAUUUACCGGUAUGUUGGUACAACAUUUAGAAUACAAUUGCAUCUAUAUAAAAAAAAAAACAUUAAAAUAGUUCUAUAGUUAGAUUAAAAAAUGACAAAAACAAAUUGAGAUAAAUGAACAUUUUUAAUGAUAUAUAAAAUUAUUAGAAUAUAUUAGUAAAAUAGUAACUUAUACAGUUAUCAUUAAAAUAAUUUAUUAGAUCAAUUAUUUAUCUUAUUUGUUUAGGGACCUUUUCAGUAUCACAUUCAUGGACAAGCGUUUCCCUGGCGUCAGUACAAGGAACCCCUUUAAAUUGACCCUGUUUAAAUCGACGACCCAUCUGUCUCGACCAACUCAUCAAGACUUGGUCCAUGGUGUCCACUUAUUGUUAAUAAAAAGUGCCUGCUAAAUCAAUGUGGAAUUCCAAUCUGUGUAUGUCUAAAUGUGUUGUUCACAUCAGGUUUGUAGUAGUUUCAAAAUUAGUGCUGUCAAUUUUUUAAAUUUGUCUUAUCACAUUUCAUUUUGAUUAAUCAUGAUCAAUCACAGUAAAUAACUUUUUUUUAUUAAAUAAAAAAACAACAAUAUUAUACACAAAUGUUAUGAAAACAUUUAUACGAUUUUCAUACGCAAACAUUCUUUUAAAGUUUUACAGCACUCGAAUGUGCGUCAUUUUGUCCCUCAAAACUUGGGAACAAUAUUAUUUAGAUUUUUAUGGGAUAUUUUCCAAAAAAAUGUGAAUCAUAUUUUACCAUUUAUGAUCCUAAAUUAAGAAUUUUAGAUCAUAAAAAAAUACUAAAUAAAAUAUGAAUAUUAGCACUACAUUAGUAUUGGCCACUAAAUGAGACCAAACCAAUCAGAGCGAACUGUUCAGUAUCGUAGCCACUGAUUGGCCCAGCCUCAAGCACAGCAUUAGUACAUUGUAUUAAAAGAGUGUAAACAUGACUAAGGGAAGUAGGGGUUCGAAUCUUUGGGAACCUACUGAUUCGAUCCAAUUCUGAUUCCUGUGGUGACGAUUCGAUUAAGAAUCGAUUCUCGAAUUAACACAAUUCUAGAUUCAAACCAAUUCUUGCAAUGUAUUAUUUAGUGCAAUAAUUAUAAUGAAAUUUAUUCAAAACAGGUUACAGGCUCAAAUAGCUCAUUUUUGUUGGAUGGAAAUGGCCUAAAAACGUAUUUUUAAAAAUGUUUCUGAUUUAAAAAUGUAUAAAAAAAAAAAAUAUUUUUUAAAUCAGCUUUUGAAAAUUUUGAACCAAUUUAGAAUUGGGAGGAGUAAAAAUUGCGAUUGGGAUGUGAAUCGAUUUUUUUCUGCACUCAUAAUAUCUAUUGGGUUCUCAUAAUGUUUAAAAAAAACAUAUAAAAACACAAUUUUGUUAUGAUCUUGGCUCCGGCUAUGAAAAUACUGAUAUAUAAUUGAUAACUUUUACUUUGCAGAAAUUAAUUCAUCGCGGCCAUGUCCAGAACCAAUUAACAGCAAUAAAUGAGGGACAUCUGUAUUUUAAAGCAACAUUUGCCAGUGAGGACACCAGUCGGAGUCUCCUCACUCAUCUUUGCACUGACGCAUGCAUUGACCUGAUCGCUGACCGUAAAGCAACCCGCGUCACUUUAAGGCAACCAUCUGCGGUUAAUGUAAAGGAGCAUGUGCGCUCAAUAUAAAUUGUGAUUAAUCAGUGUUUUUUUUUCUUUUUUUAUGAGAAAUGCCUCCAUUUUUUAAUGAAUGUGUGUAACUUUGACAGCUAUAGUCAAAAUCAAUAAAGCAGGCAUAGGACUAAAGGUACUUUCUUCUUUUGCAACCACCAAUUUGUGGUCAUGUCUUACAAUAUAAGUCUGUCAACUUAAACGGGUUCCUCUGCAACACUCGAUUCUUAGAAACCACAAAAUGGGCGAAUUUGGUUCAUGUCUGCAGGAUGGAAUGCGUUUUUUGAGGAUUUUUUUUGUACAUUCAUUCAGGCUCUGUGCAAUGUUCCUUUGUGUUUGUUGCUGAGGAAAUUAAGCAUGAAAUGACUUAAACACGACUAGACAUCAAGGGCUGUGCUGCUUAAAUUUGACAAAGGGAAAAAUGCAAGCACACAUUCAGCACUGAACAGGAAAAACACAUGAAAAGGACGAAAGGUGUGAGGAUUGCAUUUAAAAAAUAAAAGCACAACACUGAAAGUAAAGGUUUGAUUAAAGCAUCAGUGUAGCCAAAAUGGAGAAUCAUGCUGAUACGUAUUUAGGUUUAUAAAACUGCAAACUGCAUAUCCGUUCAAAAGCACAAAGGUAUGAGAGCAUAUCCCUGGAAAUUAUCAAAAACACAUUUUCCAACCUUAUCCGAGGCACCUGAAAGCCUCAAAGCAUCAGAUAUUUGUUGAAUAAUGACAGUGAUACUGCAACUUCCAUUGUGGACAGAAGCAAACCUGAACAUCAGUAAAGUGUGUGUUAAGUAAAAAAAAAAGUACAAUAGGAUUUACAACAACAACGACAACAAAAAAGGAAAUGUUCAACUGAAUGUAAAAAUCACGACAGAAUAAAUAUCAUCUGUGUGUUUACAAACGCUGUCCGUUGUUGUCCAUGUUGAUGAGAAGUGUUUGAUCCCUUUUACAAAUAUAUGAACGGUUCAUCAUAUUUUUAUGCUGAAUUUAUUUCAACACAGAGAUAAACAGAAUAUCAACAUGGUUACUAAAUUAUUGAUUUAUGUUUGAUUGGGUGAAAUAAGUAUUGCGUAU